CGCUCUCUUCUGCUACCAAAACCCUCGUCCAGACCCUUGCAAUUUUCAGAUUCAAUUUCUUCUUUUGGAUUUCAGGCAUGGCAAGAACGGCGAUCGUUGGAUUGGUUCGAUCACAAGCCGCUCAUCAUCUUCGGUCCAAAGCCUUCCAGCCAGGUUACAGCUCCUGUCAUCUUCAAAGGUUUCAACACUUCACAAGUGCUAAAACCAAUUUCAGCUCCCCCUCGUUUCUGGUCCCUUCCCAUAAACAAUGGGCAUCAUACUCCUUCACAGCAAAAGACGACAACAAAAUAAGCAUCGGACCUAACAGAAGAGAAGCAGCAGUAGACACUAACGAAAAGAAGGAUGGUACAGUCGUGUACGAUGGCCCAAUCUCAAGCACGAUCAAGAAAGUGAAACUCCUAUCACUCUCCACCUGCUGCCUGUCAGUCUCUCUUGGCCCCGUGAUAACCUUUAUGACUUCGCCAGACAUGAACGUUAUACUGAAAGGGGCGGUUGCUUCUACAGUUAUUUUCUUAAGUGCUUCAACAACAGGAGUCCUUCACUGGUUUGUUAGUCCUUAUAUUCAUAAACUGAGAUGGCAACCGGGCUCUGACAGUUUUGAAGUUGAGAUGAUGUCUUGGUUAGCUACUUUUAUACCGAGCACGAUUAAGUUUGCUGAUAUCAGGUUGCCAGAAACAAACAGGCCUUUCGUGACGUUUAAAGCGAAUGGGAAGUUUUAUUUUGUCGAUGCUGAUCAUUGUCAUAAUAAGGCUUUGUUGGCUAGAUUAACACCACAGAAGGCUCCUACUCAAGAGUCUGCUUUCAAGAACCUGUAGUUUUCGAAGAUUUUGUGGGUAAGCGGUUUGGAUCUAUCUUAAUAAAAGAGGGAAGAGUUGUCUCUGCCUUGUUUUGGGUGAAAUUUUACGCUGAAUGAUUUCAUACUGCCAUAUUUCAUAUCUAUAACCAGUUUCAAUUUUAUGUACUCUUUAACAAUUUUUUCCUUU